UUGGCAGGGAAACUUUUAGUAGGAAAGCGAAAGGAAACCCUAGAUUUGUAGGAGCACAUACCUGCUGUGGGGGCGUUCACGAGACCAAUUUUGGUUCGAACCCACAGAUCCGGACAUCCUAGGUUAGGUUUCGUGAGCUUGGUUGUAAAGGGGGAGGCAUAGAUCCGCGGUUUGUGGGUGCGUUGGCAGUGUUUUGGCUGAGGCACGGAACAGGCGGCACAUCGCCCACGCGGAUGUGAUUCGUGGUUCCGCCCACCGCCUCUCACCAAUAGUACUACACUUACCUUAGGCACACGACGUGGAUCCACGCAGUUCGUGGGUUUCUAGGUUUGCUCUGAAAUUUUCUCGAGCAGUUGCGUGGUUGCACACAACAUCAUCCCGUAAGGUUAGUGCCUAGGAUUCAGCCUGUAGAUCUAGCAUUAUUGGUUUCUCACACUCCCGCCUCUGCUUUGCUUGCACAGCUGGUACUUCCAGGCAGCAAAACGGCAGCAUCAACUGCUUGCCAGUUGCCAGUUGCCACCGCAAACACCUCCGGGCUACCGCUAGAACUCUUGCUCCUGCUGCGCCCUUGGGAAAUUUAUUUCCAACUGGUGGGAACAAUUGCCUUCCAUCGCUGGAACAUUCCAGUGAAUGGCAUGGAACAGUUGAGUGCACCGGCUAGAAGACAAUAUAUAUAUAGGCUUCCGAGGGCUCGCCAUGGGUAGCGGCGAAAUCUGUGGAGGAUCAGGUGGUGGGAAGCCCAGGCGGUGGCAUCUGAGUGGAGGUCAGCACACCCAGCAGACGUGCAGAAGCAUUGGACGAGAGGAGAGGAGCGAACUUGACGGGGUCGCCCCGCUCCCACAGAAGCACAGGGUGAAAGAUGACCCAUUAAACAGGCCAUAUUGUGGCUGACCUAUGUCGGAUCAGGGAAUACAUGCUGCUUCUGUUCGAGACACCCUCUGGCUUUGCAGUCUUCCUUUUUUGUGGGUCACUCAUUAACCCACCUAGAUCUCUGGAGGACAUAUGGCUUAAUUUCGCUGACAGUAACACGGCAAAAGGGGUUGUUUUGCUGAUGGAGUUCCAAACUUUUGAGGACAAGUCCAGUGCCAUUAAUCAGAACACUGGUGUCAGUGAAAGGCUUGCUGACAUGAUCAGGGCGUGGCUCCCUGGUAAGAAAAUGGCAGUCGGAAAGCCUGAAUAUAAGGAAAUCAUUGAAGAGAGAUUGGAAAUAGAAUGCCUGUAUAAUAAACGGGUGAUGGAGGUAAUGUGGGGCAUACAGAAUUGCAUGCCAGGUUUGAUACCUAUAGAAAAAUCACAGCUGGCUAAAGAGGACCGCCUCCCGAGUAAGGGAUUGCAAAAAUUCUUGAAGUGUUAUGACUGUAAUGUCAAACCAGAGAUGGUCAAUGAACAAAUUGUUGCGACGGCUUCCGCAUUGUCUGAGUGUGAUUCUGUUGAGAUGAAAUAUUCUGUAGUCAUGCGCGAAGCAGGUGCUGUCAUUAAGGAUGUGUCUGGCAUCAGCUGUGAGGGUUGGAGCUUACUGGACAUUGCAACAGCUCUGAAGAUGAUAUGGAAGCCUAAAAAAGUUGGCAAUUCUUCUCUGGUUUCAAAAGAUGAGGCACUAAGAUUGGUGAACGAUGCAUCUAAAUAUGAAGCUCUGGUGAAUAAGCAUGCUUGUUUUUUUCCGAGAAAAUGCAAAAGACCUUUGCGUUUCAUUUCAUUGACAAAGAAAUGUUGAAAGCUCAUGAUUAUAGGAUCUCGAAAGAAGACCUACUGAAAUCAUUGGUUGAGGGCCUGAAGAAACCAUAAGGCUCACGGCUAGCUGAAACUGCCUGUUCAUAGUCUGAUGGGAGUUUUUGGCAUGUUGGUUCACAGGGUAUUAUUGAACAUAAGCUGAUCUUGGUUGACUUCAUUGCAGUCUCAGUCUGAGAUGAUCCGUACGAAAAAGUGCAGUGCUAAUUAAAUUUGAGCAACCCUGCUUAAUUGGCUAUCAAGUAUUUUGCUAUCUUAAUUUGAACCUAUUGUUUUUAUCUGGUCA